CGGGUCUGUCAGGACUUCAGUUCUCCGGCUCCUCUCGGGCUCACGUGCAGGACAAACAACGUGUUCAUCGAUCACUUUAUUGUUUUUAAAGAUUUAUUUGUUUAUCGGAUUGUUUUUCCUCUCGCGGGUUUUUCUGCUUGCGGAGAAUCUGCCGCGCGCCUUUACGCACAGACGGACGCAGCGUCCCGCGCGGAGCCGCAGGGGAAACCCCCCUCCUCCUCCUCCUCCUCCUCCUCCUCCUCCUCCUCCUCCUCCUCCCUCCAUCAUCAUCAUCACCUCCUGCUCCAGGAUUGGCCCUCGGCCCUGACACUGUUGACGUUACCAUGGAAACCCUGGCCUCUGUUUGGGCCUGUGACCCCCGUGACCUCAUCGACCUGGGAGAGACGCGGUCGCCGUCUGUGUGGGAGUCUCAGUGUGUUUUCAACAGCUCUCCACCUGCUGGACUGAUGUGGACGGAGCAGCUGUCACCUCACCUGCAGAGAAACCAACAGCUGCAGGACACGCUGCUGCAGAGAGAGGAGGAGCUGGCCCGGCUGCAGGACGAGAACAGCAAACUCAGAGAGUUCUUCAACUCGGCUUUUGUCAGAAACCUGGAAGAGAAGGCGAAGAAGCUCACUGCUGAUGGCCGGAGGAAGCUGAAGAGGAGCCUGAUGUUCAUGGACAGUGGACCUCUCCAGAACUGCAGUCAUCACCUCCAAACCUCCCAGCAGCUCAGCAAGAGAGUCUGCAGGAACCUGACAGCUGAGUUCUGCUCCGAGUCCUCCGAGACGUCCUCGUCCUCAGAACCAAACCUGGACCUGUGGGUUCUACGAACGCUGGGCCUGAAGGACCGAGACACCAUCGAUACGUCCACCAGCUCCUCCUCCUCCUUGACUGGUCUCAGCCUCAGCAGUUCAGCUUAUGAUUCUGCUGUUAGCUUGUCUUCAUCCUCUGAGCGAACCCUCAACUCCUCCUUCAGCCCAGUCGCCACCUCUACGCCGUCUUCUGUCCACAGCCAACAUGAGUUCAGGUUCAAUCCUGCCGAGUCACAUCAGAACCUCACAACGUCGUCGGGUCAGCACUCUGACUUCACUGCCUCUGGACUAACCAAACAGUCUGAGAUCCGGAGCUACAACACAUUACCUGUUUUUCAGUCUCCAGAAGAUGAACCAGCCUUCACCCAGUCUCCAGACCGAGCAGAGACCGGUCCGACCCGACCCGUCAGUCGAGUCCAAACUCUGGAUGGAAAUCAAGAAAAACUUUCUGUUUACUGGACACCACCAAAAGACAAAGUCCAGCUCAGUCCACGAGGAGAGAGAGUCCUCAUCUCCCCGACCUCGUCCAGCAGUCCUGUCAUGAACCGGAUCUGGACUCCUGACUGCAACACAAUGAGUCCGUCAGUCGGACCUCGGCCUCCCGCCACGCCUCAGACGCCUCGCAGCCGCACUGAUUUGGCGUUCAGUAUGUCCCUCAGCCCGUCCAGCAGCGUCAAGACCCACAGCUUCCCCCAGGGACAAGCCUUCGUCAGGAAGGACCCCGAGGGGAGGUGGAACUUCACCUGGGUGCCCAGACAAGGACCAUAAGAAGCUGAACAGUCGUCUUUCCAAAGGAUCCCAGAAGAAGCUCCGUGCUUUGGGUUGUUUUUAACAGAACCGAUGUGAAAACUUUUUGGACUUUACCUCCAUGUUGAUCUUGUAGCUGACUUGUUAGACUUUCUGGGCCCGUCACUGAAGCAGAACAACGUUUUUAAAAGACUUUCGAGGAACACAUACAGUCAGUUAUCCAACUUCCCUCUAAGACCUUGAUACGAUAACAUUCAAUUGUCUUCUGAUAUUUUGCCUUUUGUUUGUUGAAACACGAUCCUGCCGUCAGAGAAGACUUCUUUCAGACUUUGAAAAAGCUGCGACACAUUUUGUUCAACAUUACUGAACUCAUCAGGAUGUUCAGAAUACAAGACUAACUUGUUUUAGGAUUUAAACUGUGACUGAAACAUUGAAGGUCGACGUAAGUGCCUAAAACUGUUUGUCUGUGAAACUGCCACAAAAAAACAGCUGUUAAAUAUAUUAAAAGUCGAUGCAACAUGGUGCCACAAAGUGAAAACUGCCUCACAUGAAAAAAACAGAAAUGAUUUUAGCAGAUUAUUGUCAGAAUUCAGGAAACUGUUUCUAAAAAGUGUGAUUACAGAAAAAUGCAGUAAAUCAGUGUCAGUUCAGGGACGUGUGACAACUGUUAACACCACGAGCUAACUGGUGCCAGUGUGUGAAAAAAGGUUGUAAAAUGUAUUUUGCAGCAAUAUUCAUUUAAAUUAGUGGAUGUAAUGUACAGCAGUAUUGUAGUGUGUUAGCCAGUAGCAUGUAAGCAACGUCUAGCUAGCGUACCAACUAAACACAAAGCACUUUUAAUACAAGCUGCAGCUUCUGAGCAGAAGUCAGAUUCACAGGAAAUAAUCAGCUGAGACAGCUGCAACAUGAAUUUAUCUCAGAGUGACUUUCAAAUGUGAUAAAUUCACAUAUUGGCACAAAAAUGCAGAAUCCCUCAGUUAACACGAGCAAAGAUCAGCUUCAAUACAGCUUAUUUCAGAUAAUCAAAGAUAAUCACUCCUCCCCUCCUCCUGAGGAUAUAAAGUCCUCCUCUCCUCCUCCUGAGGAUAUAAAGUCCUCCUCUCCUCCUCCUGAGGA